GGACUGGGCAUGCUCCGCGGCGGCGCAGGUUUUGGCCACAAGUAGGAAGAAGCCCGUGCGCGACACCGGCACCGAGAGGCGGGAGCCCCUGCGGCACCGCGGCUGUGGAGUCCGUCGCCGCCGCCUCGGAGCAGGAGCGGGCGAGGGACCAGGCUGCCAGGCCGAGAGCCGCCCAACCUGCCCUCCUGCCCUUUCCCUCAGAGCCCGCGAGGUGCGCUGCACCCCUGGGUCGGUCACCUGGGCUGUGAGGACCCCGCGCCGGAGAGCCGGACCGGACCGGACCGGACCCGACUGGACCCUCCCUCUGCCGACUGCGGCCCUAGAGCGCCCCCCCGGGGCGGAGCUGCCGCCGCCGCCGCUGCCUCCUGCGUGCGGCUGAGUGUCCGGCUCGAGCCCCGCGCCGGGAGCGUGCGGCCGCCGUCAACCCCGAGGAGAAGGAGGAGGGGGCGGCCAUGGGGCUGCUGUCCCAAGGCUCGCCGCUGAGCUGGGAGGAGACCAAGCGCCACGCCGACCACGUGCGGCGGCACGGGAUCCUCCAGUUCCUGCACAUCUACCACGCCGUCAAGGACCGGCACAAGGACGUGCUCAAGUGGGGCGACGAGGUGGAAUACAUGUUGGUGUCUUUUGAUCAUGAAAAUAAAAAAGUCCAGUUGGUCCUGUCUGGAGAAGAAGUUCUUGAAACUCUACAAGAAAAAGGGGAAAGGACAAACCCAAACCACCCUACGCUUUGGAGACCGGAGUAUGGGAGUUACAUGAUUGAAGGGACUCCUGGACAGCCAUAUGGAGGAACCAUGUCCGAGUUUAACACCGUUGAAGACAACAUGAGGAAACGCCGGAAGGAGGCGACUUCUUUAUUAAAGGAAAAUCAGGCUCUUUGCACAAUAACUUCAUUUCCCAGAUUAGGCUGUCCUGGGUUCACACUGCCUGAGUUCAAACCCAACCCAGUCGAAGGAGGAGCUUCCAAGUCCCUCUUCUUUCCUGAUGAAGCAAUAAACAGGCACCCCCGCUUCAGCACCCUAACAAGAAAUAUCCGGCAUAGGAGAGGAGAAAAGGUUGUCAUCAAUGUACCAAUAUUUAAGGAUAAGAACACACCAUCUCCAUUUAUAGAAACAUUUCCUGAGGAUGAUGAGGCUGGGAAGGCUUCGAAGCCAGAUCACAUCUACAUGGAUGCCAUGGGAUUUGGGAUGGGCAAUUGCUGUCUUCAGGUAACGUUCCAAGCCUGCAGCAUAUCUGAGGCUAGAUACCUGUAUGAUCAGUUGGCCACUAUCUGCCCAAUUGUUAUGGCUUUGAGUGCUGCGUCUCCUUUUUACCGAGGCUAUGUGUCAGACAUUGAUUGUCGCUGGGGAGUGAUUUCUGCAUCUGUAGAUGAUAGAACACGGGAGGAGAGAGGACUGGAGCCACUGAAGAACAAUAACUAUAGGAUUAGUAAAUCCCGAUAUGAUUCAAUAGACAGUUAUCUAUCUGAGUGUGGUGAGAAAUAUAAUGACAUCGACUUGACAAUAGAUAAAGAAAUCUACGAACAACUGUUGAAGGAAGGCAUCGACCACCUCUUGGCACAGCAUGUUGCUCAUCUCUUUAUCAGAGACCCGCUGACUCUGUUUGAAGAGAAAAUACACCUGGAUGAUGCCAAUGAGUCUGACCAUUUUGAGAACAUUCAGUCCACAAACUGGCAGACGAUGAGAUUUAAGCCUCCGCCUCCAAACUCGGACAUUGGGUGGAGAGUGGAAUUCCGGCCCAUGGAGGUUCAGUUAACGGACUUCGAGAACUCUGCAUAUGUGGUGUUUGUGGUGCUGCUCACGAGAGUGAUCCUUUCUUACAAACUGGAUUUUCUCAUUCCACUGUCAAAGGUUGAUGAGAACAUGAAAGUGGCACAGAAACGAGAUGCUGUCCUGCAGGGAAUGUUCUACUUCAGAAAAGAUAUUUGCAAAGGUGGCAAUGCUGUGGUGGACGGCUGUGGCAGGACCCAGCACGGUGCGGAGCCGGCUGCGGAGUACACGCUGAUGAGCAUAGACACCAUCAUCAACGGGAAGGAAGGCGUGUUUCCUGGGCUGAUCCCCAUUCUGAACUCCUACCUGGAAAACAUGGAAGUGGAUGUGGACACCAGAUGCAGUAUCCUCAACUACCUAAAGCUGAUUAAGAAGAGAGCAUCUGGAGAAUUAAUGACAGUCGCCAGAUGGAUGAGGGAGUUUAUCGCAAACCAUCCUGAUUACAAGCAAGACAGUGUAAUAACUGAUCAAAUGAACUACAGCCUUAUUUCAAAGUGCAACGAAAUUGCAAAUGAAUUAUGUGAAUGCCCUGAGUUACUUGGACCAGCAUUUAGGAAAGUAAAAUAUAGUGGAAGUAAAACUGACUCUCCCAACUAGACCUUGUGCUGAGGGAGAUGCUAAACUGGCUGUAGCACUCCCAGCCUGUGCGUGGUAUGAAAACCUGGUACUGGAACCGUACUCUUUCCUGGGCCACUGGGCUGGAAAUGGACUUAAAGGUUUCCUUCAGCAGGAAUCUAGAGUUUAUACAGUGAACAUGUACAUAGUAAAGUAUUUUUAUGAUUAACAAUGUAUUUUAAUAACACAUCUAAAGUCAUUGUGGAAUGGCCUGUACAUUUUCCAGUUCUUACUCUGGAACAGCUAAGCAGUUUUGUAAAUGUAAUGUACUAGUAAUUGUACUAUCCCUGCAUUCCAGAGUUAAAAAUGUUUACUGUAAAUUUCUUAAAAAAAAAAAAAGAAAAAAGACUACCUGGGACCUGGUUCACUGAAAUUUAUCACUUUAAAAACAGUUUGUCUUGCUAAUUUUGAGUCAUCUCCUUUGUUUUGUACAUAAAAUCACUGUUGAAUCCAUUGAAGGGCUUUAGGGUAACCUUGGAUUUCUGGCACCUUACCUGUUUCUUUUGUAAUCGGAAUGGCUAACUGCCAAGUAAAACCCUUUGGCUGUUAUGAAAAGUCCUUUCCUUCUUUGUUUAAAUUUGAUGAUUCAUGCAUUAGCUUUAAAGAGAACUCAGUAGAAAGGCAGGAGACUAUUACCCUAAGUUCACAGGUAGUGAUUAUUGGGUGUGGUUUUUUUGUUUAAAAAGGGUGUGUGUAUGGAGAAUUGUUUUGCUCCUAUGCAUAAUAUUUUGUUAAAUGGCACCUGUCCUCCUUCUGUGGCCCCUGUCUAUUCUGGUUGCUGCUGUGUAUUUAAAUUUCCAAAUCAGGUGCAGUUGCUACAGCUUCUGCAUUGUUACUUUUUCUGGUUUUCAGUAAGCAUAUUACAGACGUUCUUCUACAAGCCAUUUGCUCUAGAUUUUACCUGGCAGAUAUUCUACAUGCUACUUAUGACCUUCUCUGUGAAACUCUUCAAUAAAUCAUGACAUGCACUAAGUUUUGUGAAUCAGGACCCUAAAUGUUUAAUUGUAAAUAAUUGUUGUUAGAGCAUUUUGUUGAAGUUUUUUUCCAAUUAGUUAAGUCUUACCUGCUUCAGAAAUAACUAUGUACAGUAGAUCCCGCAAACCUUAACAGGCAUCAAUAUUUAAAUGUAAAGCAAACUUUUAAGAGAUUGUGAUAAAGCUGCUUCCGCUAAGCCUGUUUAUAGGAAUGCCUGUUUUUUCAUUUGCAAUUUGCUUGUAAAUCAGGUUAUAAAAAAGCAGAUAAACAAAAAUGUUUGUGGUAUGAGGAAAUAAAAGAAUGGAAUUGGCAUUGUGAAAA